GAAGCAGCUGAGAAUCAAUCAGUUUGUGCUGACAGACCACAGACAGUUCAGAAAGCUUUCCUCAUCUGGCUUUUUAGAAACUCUUCUUUCGGUUGUAAUUCACAACCAAACAGAUUCAUCAGUAUUUUACUCCAUCAGUGCUGCAGCGAUGCAUGGCUUCAUUUCCGUCAUGUUUUCACUGCUAGUCAUUUCUGGGCUGCAGGUGAGCGUCGAGUCCGCAGGAAUUCGUUUUCAGCGAAGCAUCGACAGACAUUACAGAAUGGAGAUGUCAGUACCGAACGGAGGAGGAUGGGGGUCGUGGGGUCACAGGGACAUGUGUCCGAUUGGAACGUGGGCCGCAGGCUUCAGUCUAAGGGUGGAAGAUCCUGUCGGUGAAGGUGAUGACACUGCACUCAACGGGAUUCGUCUUCACUGCGUUCAUUCAUCAAACUCAUAUCACAGCUACGCCUCCGUUCAGUCAGAUGUUGGCAGCUGGGGUCGGUGGACAGAAAUCAAAUGGUGUCCUUCUGGAUUCUUGAUUGGUUUUCAGCUGAGAGUCGAACCUUCUCAAGGAAACGGUGACGAUACGGCGGCAAACAACAUCUUGUUCAAAUGCACUCAAGGCUCUUUAGCAGGAGAAGGCACAAACUGGGGCUUCUGGGGAGACUGGAGUCAAACGUGUGAAGGAAGAGGGAUCUGUGGCCUUAGGACACGGAUAGAAGGGCCUCAAGGACGUGGAGACGACACCGCUCUCAAUGACGUGCGCAUGUUCUGCUGCGAUUAAGGUCACAGUCAAACACUCAAGAGUGUGGAGCUGUGUGUAAGAUCUCAGUGAUGUUAGUGCUAUCUUAUCUGAGUUUGCCUUUUUACGAGAACAGCAAGACGAUCAUCUGAUUCAUAAUAAUUGAUCAGAAUACUGUUAUGAGCUCACAUUUACCUUCUCUUACAACAAGAUCUCACUUAUUGUGUCUCAUCAGUUCCUGUAUUUCACCACAAACAUGAACUCUGUGAACAUGGAUAAAUGGCAUAAGUGUUUGUCUGCUGAUUAAUGUUGAUGACCUGAAUAAAAUCAUUGACUAUCAUG